CAAGAUCGGCCUUCGAUUGGUCGAGACUACCCGAGCUGUGGGCCCCGGCGGAAGCGGGCUCAUUUAAAGUCUGUGGCCAGGACUUCACCAUUUCCGGUGUCGCCAUGGCGGCUAACGCUACCACUAACCCCUCGCAGCUCCUGCCUCUAGAGCUUGUGGACAAGUGUAUAGGAUCACGAAUUCACAUUGUAAUGAAAAGUGAUAAAGAAAUUGUCGGCACACUUCUAGGAUUUGAUGACUUUGUCAAUAUGGUGCUGGAAGAUGUCACAGAGUUUGAAAUUACACCAGAAGGAAGAAGGAUUACUAAAUUAGAUCAGAUUUUGCUAAAUGGAAAUAAUAUAACAAUGCUGGUUCCUGGAGGAGAAGGGCCUGAAGUAUGAAUGGAUUUCCUUGAUUCUGUUUAUUUUAUCUUUAAUGUUUAGAUUCAGUAAUGCUAAGUUUCCCAUUAAAGGGAAAUACUUUGAAGGUGUACACCCAUUUUUCUAAACUAAUCAUGGUUACUUGAAAAAAGAUUGUGUUUUUUUAAAAAUAAAAUGAUUUUGGUUAACUGAUUUUACUUAUAUUGAAGUAGCUAGUGGAACAAAAAUUAUAGUUAUUUUGAUACUUGG